AUGACUGCAAGCAUUAGUAUUAGAGGCGAGAACCACCAGAGGGCGUUUCAUGUCAAAAAACCACUCAAAGAUUUUAUUCAUAAACCAAAACAACAUCCAAAUUCCGGGCCGUCAUUACCGUUACCAUCACUCCCAUCUCAUGAUCGCACCAAGGAAGAAUACGUCUAUGAUGUCCUGUAUGAAUGUCAACGAGGGUCUUGGAUAGUUGGUUUUAGCUCAAAGACCCUACUUCAAUUCGACCCGGAUCCAUGGUGUGAUAAAGAUAUGAGAUUUACACCAAUGAACAUCAAGACAUACCAGCUUCCAGAUCCCACUUGGGAAUGGGUUCACAAACAGUGGAUGGUAGACAUGACUGAAGAUGUAGACGAAGCGGGAUGGCAAUACGCACUAAAAUUUCAUGGCGCUUCAUGGCAUGGUAAGAAGCCCAAAGAAAGAAACGAUUCUGACAACUUCAAAGGCAAUUACAAGCACUUUCGGUCUUUUGUCAGAAAGAGACGAUGGAUCCGCCUCAGACACCACUCAUUACUAGACGAGUCCAUAACCACGACAGUAUCAACAAAUAACACUCCUGAAUACCAAGAACAACAAUUACAAUUACAAUCACAACCACAGCCACAACAACAUAUACAACAAGGACAUCAAGGACAUCAAGAAUCUCAAACCACUCACAAAGAGCAAAAGCUAGUUGAAAGCCUACAAAACUCUUGUCUGGAUCGAGAACGUCUUUGCUACAUAAAAUUUGCAUUGAAUGGUGAUAGGGGGUAUCUUAGUCACAUGCUGAUGAGCAAGGCAAAAGAGUAUAUGGAGUUUUUUGAUUUUGAUGUCUCUCGUCGGAAUUUUGUUGAAAUCUUGAUCCAACAUCAACGUUCCUGUGGUAUCCCAAUAGAUCCCAAAGAUAUUCAGCCAGCACUCAAGAGCAUAACUUAUUACUCUGAUCUACAAGCUAUCCUAAGCCAAUUAAAGUCUACCCAAUAAAUCGACUUGCAUAAAUGUACAACCAU